AUGGAGGUGGCACAAACUCCUUUGCAGUUGACCCAAGAUCAUAAUGAUGGAAGAAUGACUGGUGAAGGCAACGCGUCACCUUUACGAUGGUCCCCUCCAUCAUCAGCUGCCCUAGUAGCGGCUGCCUUGGCUCCACCAGCGUUACGACCCUGGUUACCAGACCCGCCCAGCAAGAAGACCAACCAUUUGGGUCUGAUCUGCGUGGUCUGCGGUGACACAAGCUCAGGGAAACACUACGGCAUCCUCGCUUGCAACGGCUGCAGUGGUUUCUUCAAGCGGUCCGUCAGAAGGAAAUUGAUUUACAGAUGUCAAGCAGGCACCGGUCGCUGUGUCGUGGACAAAGCUCAUAGAAACCAGUGCCAAGCUUGCAGAUUGAAGAAAUGUCUCGCGAUGGGAAUGAAUAAAGAUGCUGUGCAGAACGAGCGACAGCCGCGGAACACAGCCACCAUUAGACCUGAAGCAUUAAGAGAUAUGGACCAGGAAAGAGCUCUGAGAGAAGCUGCUGUGGCCGUCGGUGUGUUUGGCUUAAAGUUCUUACUGAACAGUGAUAGCAAAAUGAUGACAAACUUAUCUCUUAAGCCAAUAACAGAGUCUCACGACAUUAAAGAGGACAAAGGCAACUAG